GCUUCAGGGGAUCCUACUCUGUUUUAACGGCUGUAGAGGAAACUCAGACUCAAACCAAGGUGGUGAGCGAAGCUUCAAGAUGCAGAGGUUAAAAAGGAAAACAAACAUGUUGGGGUUGAUGAUGAUGUUCAAUUUCGCGAUCUUCAUAGUGGUGUCGAUGUUCCGGAACUCCGGCCCAGCGAAGACAGGUGUCAGGAAGUCGCACGUUCCCGCCAACAAGUUCUGGAAGAAGUCAGAGAUCAGCAAUGCUUUCUGGAACCGGGAGCAGCAGCAGCUUGACAACAUAUACAACCCUCUGUUUGUCACCAGCAACGAGUCAGGCUUGGAGCAGUCUCACGCUUACAGACCAAACAACACAGUCCCGUUGGAGUUUUGUGAGCCAGACCACAGAGUCACAACACUGAUAAAAGACUUUGACACUCUACCCCAGCGUUUUAAGGACUUUCUGCUCUAUAUGAGGUGCAGGACAUUUCCCGUCGUUAAAAACGCCUCUGGCGUGUGCUCGGAACCACCGUUCCUGCUUUUGGCGGUGAAAACACUUGCGCCUCAUUUCGACCGUCGCCAGGCCAUCCGUGAGUCGUGGGGACGCGCAGGUCUUCACGGCAAGUACCGGGUCGCGACGGUGUUUCUCCUCGGCAACACCUCGUCUUCGGAUCACUACCCGGACCUGUCGGGGAUGCUUGAGCAUGAGGCAGCGGCGCACGGAGACAUCUUACAGUGGGACUACCGGGAUUCCUUCUUUAACCUCACCGUGAAGGAGGUGCUCUUCCUGCAGUGGCUCUCCUACAGCUGCCAGUCAGCCCGCUACGUCUUCAAAGGUGACGACGACGUCUUCGUCAACACCCGCCUCAUGCUAACCUACCUGGGCGGUCUGUCAGGGACCCAGGCAAGAGACCUUUUCGUUGGGGAUGUAAUCACCAAGGCCGGACCACACCGGGACCCCAAGCUGAAAUACUACAUCCCGGAAAGUGUGUAUAAGGGACCUUACCCGCCUUACGCGGGUGGAGGUGGUUUCCUGUACUCUGGAAGUGUGGCGUUGAGGCUUUUGACCGUUUCCCAACACAUUUUACUGUACCCAAUCGAUGAUGUUUACACAGGCAUGUGUCUGCAGAGACUGGGACUGGUCCCAGAAAAACACAAAGGCUUUAAAACCUUCAACAUCGAUGAGAAGUACAGAGAGAACGCCUGUGCGUACCAAAGCCUAAUGCUGGUUCAUCCCAGGUCUCCUCAGGAAAUGAUUAAGAUCUGGUCCUGGAUCAGUGACCCACAGCUGAAAUGCCUGUGAGGAAGACUUACCUAUCAUAUGCAUUAUCAAAACCACUGCAAAUACUUGAAAAAGGAAAUU